UGCGUUUUUCUCUCCCUCAACAUCAAGAUUCCACCAGCGAGUUCUGUCUCUAUCUGCCACAACCAAACCACCCAAGAUGUACGCCAUCCUUCGACUGGCUUUUCUCUCCCUGUUCAUCUCACCUCUCGCCUGGGCUCAGCUGGAGACAAUCGACAUCAUCACCUCUGGCAUUCCUCGAACCAGUUCAACCUCAUCGACCGACUCGCCCUCAACGUCGUCCUCAACCUCGACCCCCAGCUCAACAUCAUCGACAUCAGCUCCGCUUCCCACCUCCCUACCCAGCACCACAACCGCAACCACAACCACCCCCAACAACCCACUAGACCUGACCACAAUCUUCACCCAACCCUCCGACUGCGCCGGCGGAAUAACCGCGAUAGCAGCCUGGUCGACGGAACUCUGGCAGAACAUCAUCAACCCGGCGCCCACCCUAACGCUAUCCUCCUGCUACCCGAGCCAAUUCUACUACAGCGCGACCACAACGACCAUCCUGCCACCAUACACCCAGCUAGUCUGCCCACUGGACUGGGAGGCGUACAAUCUCACCGAGACGUAUCUCGUCUGCUGUCCGAGCGGGUACGGAGUCUACUUGCCCAACUACCACAACCCGACGCGCCCCGGGCUGGGCGCCGUCUGCACAUCCAGCGUCUGGCCGAGCGUGCUGAUGGACAUCACCAGCUACGAUGCCGCGGGGAAGGUGACGGUUGUUCCGACCUCUGCGGGGCAGGACGGGACGUUGGUGUUUGCGACGGCGUUUGAUGGGACCGUGGCGACGGUUGUGAGUGAGGCUUCGGCGACGGCGGGGGGGGUCUCUGGUUCUUCGGGCGAGGGGCCUGCGGGUGGUGCUGGGGCUGGGGCUGUGGUGUCGGCUGGCGCGGAGACUUCGGGAGUGUCGAGGGUGUUCAUGUCUUGGGGCUGGUACUUGAUUUCCCUGUCUUUGGUUCUGUGA